AUGGGACAGGCUUUUGAAGAGCGUGAUCUAAAACAACUCAUUAAAGAAUUCGACACUGAUGGUUCCGGAGAGAUCGAGUUUGAAGAAUUCGCCGCUAUGGUGGCCAACUUCGUCGUAAACAGUGAGGACAAUGAAGGUCUUGAGGAAGAACUACGCGAGGCUUUCCGACUUUAUGACAAACAAGUGAGAAAUGGCUACAAUUUUUUCCAUUUCUUGUUUUUAAGCCAUAGUAACGCAAAACGGCUAAUAUAG